GCACCUGGGCCGCCCAGUCUGAACGCUACAUUAUCCUACAAAUCACUUUCACCUCUCGCGAUAUUGGACCAAGAGCUUUGGCACAGUUAGUGCACGCCACUUGUCGCCACCGCCCGGCAUAUCAGCGGAGAUCGUAUUAAACACAAUACGCAUCCGAACAGUGAUAUAUGCAUAUUUUUUUUACACGGCGCCAACGCAAAAAUGUACCUGUAUUGCUCGACAUAACAUAUGAAAGAAUUGUGAACAAAAAGUGAAAGAAAAUUAAAAAAAAAAAAUGAUGACCGAAGGACCGAGAUUGUCCGUUCUGCUAAUCGUGUUCCUCACAAUCAACUCGGCAUAUUCCGAAGGUAUUCAAAAAUGUGAGAAUACGCCUAUGAAACAAAUCAUUUGCGAAUUUGGAACCGCCAAAGAAAUACCAAACUUCGACAGUUGUCUAUGUACACAUAUCGCAGUUCCGGUUACCUUAGAAUCGGAAAAAGACGAUGAAACUACGGACUUGACGUCGACGAUCAAAUCAUACAAACAAACCAAUGGCGAUCUCAAGUCAUUGGCUGCAAUAUCCAUGUACACGGAAGACGUCGCAAAGAAGACAAACCAGAUUUGCAAUGAAAUCGUCGAUGUGUUGACUCACUACGAUGGCGUACAAUUAGAUCUAAGGCAAUCUGAUGUGUCCGUAGAUAAAUCACUGGUUGUGCAUUUCUUCAAGGAAUUAUCGUUUGAAAUUGAAAAUAAAUUUAAAAUAGAGUCAACAAAUAACUCUUUAAAAAUAAUUAAAAACCCAAAAGAAAUCCAACUAGUGCUUCCUCCAAAUGCUGCCAUAAUGACAAAAUUUUAUGAUCUCAAAAAACUUUCCAAGUACGUAAAUUAUUUUAUAAUUGCAACUCACAAUCUUGUAGACAAUUCUGAACAAGGUUAUUCAUACCACCCCAGUCGUCUUAUGGGAGCCGAUGAUUUACUCAAUGCUGAUUCUUUAAUUGAUCUUGUAAUUGGACUUGGUGUUGAUCAUUCAUCUAUACUUUUAUCAUUGCCUUCUACUGCAAGUAAGUUUAAUCUCAAGGAUCCCACCCAGAACACUCCUCGAUCACCAGUUAACGGACUACCAACAACAAUUACACGUCCAAAAAUGUGCGAAGAAAUGAAAGAAGGUAAUUGGACCAUCGAAAGAGAUGAAGAUCUAACAGCACCAUAUGCAUUCAUGAAUAAAACAUGGAUGUCAUUCGAUGAUAACGUCAGCGUUUCAAUAAAGGGUAAAUACAUAUUAUUACGAGAUUUAGCUGGAGCAGUUAUUACUGACGUCGAAGCGUUGGAUUGGAAAUUAACAUGCUUAAACCAAACUGCAGUAGAACCUUUAAAAGAACUUACGAAAACGUUUACUGAAACUGCAAGGAAAUCUAGAUCAGCUCAAUUAUUAAGUUUACAAGAACAAUUACAACGGCCGGCUGACCAGGGAUUCUAUUUUAACAAUGAAAUCAGUUAUUCGCCAUAUUAUAUUGAGAGGGUGGUUACUAGGGACGGCGAAGUUCAUGCAAUUCGAAAAGAUACAAAAACCGAAUUUGAAUGUUCGCGACAAGGGUACUUCAGACAUCCAAGUGGUUGUAAUCGAUUUUAUCGUUGUGUAAAAUUUGAUCAAAAAUCCAACUAUUUUACGGUCUACGAAUAUGAUUGUCCUGAUGGUUUGGCGUUUGAUGAAAAAGUUGAGGUAUGCGUAUGGCCUGGAUCUUUAUCUAAUACAGGAGCUUGUCAAGGUUCAAGUGAAAUUGCUCCUGUUCCUCGGAAUCAAUUUGUCUGUCCGCCGAUAGAAGGUUACUACGCUGAUCCUGAAAACUGUCGGUGGUUUUUUGCUUGUCUUGAUCAUGCUAAGGAUGGUUAUACUCCACUUACAGCAUACGAAUUUAGAUGUCCAUUUGGAUUAGUGUUUGACGAAAAAACGUUAAAAUGUGACUGGCAAUGGAAAGUGGGAACUUGUGGAACCUCAGGAAAAUCAUAUAAUUACGGAGAACAAUCUUACCAAACAAACCAAUUCAACACAUUCUACGGAAAAGAGCCAUCUAUUCCUUACUACGGAAAAUAUAAUCAAGAUCAACCUCAAUUUUCAUUUGAUUCCAGUGAUUCUUAUAUUGCUCCGGGUAAAUUCGAUUUCCCAUAUUCUACAACUAGCAAACCUCAUUUAUUGUAUGGAUCUACAGAAAAUUAUGUUACGCCAAAUGCACCUCGGUUCUUAUACAGUUCAGCACAAUCUUACGCACCACCAAAUAGUCCUCAAAUUGCAUAUGGUUCAUCAGAAACGUAUGUUGACCAUAAUAAAUUUCAAUCAUUAUAUGGAUUAACUGGAACUUAUGCUUCCACAAAAAGUCCAGAAUUCUCAUAUGGAACUACGGAAUCAUAUGCUACAACAAGCAAACCCAAAUUCUUUUACGAAUCUUCAGAAUCGUACUCUACAACAAGCCGACCUCAAUUCUCAUUUGGCUCUUCAGAAUCAUAUUCUUCCACAAGCAAACCUCAAUUUUCUUAUGAAUCUUCGGAGUCUUAUUCUAGUACAAUUAAACCACAAUUCCCAUACAUUAAAACAGAUGCUUAUGUAACACCAAAUUAUCAAACUAGAUUACCUAACUUUGAUUUGAAUAAUUAUAGACAAUUAGGAGUACUUUAUCAUCAACACCACGAUUCUGAAAUAGAACCAAAACGUAAUAGUGGAAUUCUUCUUCACCAACAAAACAAUUUCCAAAGUAUACCAAUAAAUAAAAACUACGAUUCUCAUAAAAAUGAUGUUCAAUACCCACCAAUAAAAGAUUAUGAAACAUAUUCUACAACACAAGGACCUUUAAAUAAAAUACCUAGUGCAAAACUCUACUCAGAAAGUUAUUCUUCUUCUAACAUUUACUCAAACCCAUCAAUACCUUAUGAAAAUAAUGCGUACAAAAAUUCUUAUUCUAUUUUGGGAGGAACCAAUGGAUAUGAUUCCCACAAAGUUAAUGAACAAUAUCAGCCUUCAUAUAACUUUGAAACAUAUUCAACAACUCUAAAACCCAUUGCUAAAUUACCUGAUGUACCAAAUUACUCAGAAUCAAAUAUUUAUUUGAAGCCUACUUCUAAACCAUUUGAUGAAUAUUUACAAGAUAUUUCUCAUUCAAAAUUAAGCGAAGAAUCAAAAUUGCAAUACUCUACAACUAGUUCACCUUAUUUAUCUUCGUCUCCAAUUAUUGACUUUAACGACUACCAUAUUUCCUCGACUACGCAAAAACCAACAUUACACGACACUAGCUUGUAUAAAGAAAAGUUUAAGACUCAAUUUAAUUUUGAAGAUUAUAUAUCAAGGCUUUCCAAUCACCAAUAUCCAUCUACUACUUCUACGGUUGAUUAUACACCGUCUGUUCAUGGAAAUAGCUAUGAUAAUAACUUUGCACAAACUCUAUCUACGUAUUCAUCCACCACUCCAAAACCAUCUGUAUUUUAUUAUAGUUCCCCGUCGCCAAAAUUACCAAAAGUGAAUGAAUACUCUGAGAGUUAUGGUUCUUCUUUAUCAUAUCCUGUAACUACUGAAAAAUCAGUAGAUUACAAUUUACCUAUUUCUUCAACUUAUGCUCCAUCAGCGUAUAGUCCUUCAAUUACUCCAAGUGCAUAUACAUCAACAUUCAAGCCAACGGUUGACUAUUACACUCCAUCGUCUACAGUUGCUAACGAUGAUUCAGUUUUUGUCGAAGAACUAAUUUCCAAAUUGUCAAAAAAUCCCAUUCCUUAUACAUAUUCAACUAGUACUCCAAAACCAAUAUACGAUAAUUAUCCAUCACAACAAGCUGUAGAUUAUAUACCAAAUGAUUCUUUCAAUAUUGAUGAAUACAUAUCAAAAUUAUCUGAAUCUAUUGAAAAUUCUACACCAAAACCAUUAUACUCAAGCACUUCUCAAAAACCAUAUGUGGUAUCAUACAGUUCAAAUGACUAUUCAUCUCAACCACUACCCACUUCAGUUUACUUAUCUUCAACUGAAGAACCUAAGACAUUUGAUCAUGAAUCAUAUUCAGCACUUCCUGUUCAAUCAACAACGUGUAAACCUGAAGCUUCAAUCAAAAUAGUAUCCCCUAAGGUACCAUACAUUCCAUCACUCGAAUCUGUCUUUAGUGUAAGACCUCCUGUUACAUACACACAAAGACCAGAACCAUUGAUUGGCUAUUCUAGCACGGCUUCUGACUUAAUAAAUUAUUAUCACAAUAUUCAUUCAUCUUUAGAUUCUGCGUAUCGUUCACCAUUGCCUAGAUAUUAUGCUGCUCCAAUGGGAAAUUCACUUUACACUAAUAAUUAUACAUUACCCAGAGAAUAUGAAAAAGACGGUGGACAUCAUUUACAUGCAGCUUAUCCAGCGUACCCUCUAAAACCAAUAGUUGUAGAAUCAGUUAGUCCAGAGCUUAAUGCAGAGUUUGAACGAUACUAUACAGCUGGAAUAAGACAGAACUUGAAGAGCGAAGAAAACGGAAAAGUGCUCGUAAUUGGUGACAAUAGCCCUCUAAUUGUUGGUAAAUUGGGAGCUCAAUGUGACUGCGCAAAAAAGAAGAAGCCGACAAUUGUAUCAACUACAACCAGGACAGUAAUCGAAAACGACGAUGACGAUGACGAUGAAAAAACAUCGAUCGUAAAGGAAGUAGAAACAAAGACCAAAGUAGUAUUGGAUGAAGUAAAAAAACCAUCAAAUAAAAAGUUAUGUACCCGAGCAGGAUUAUUUAGAGAUCCUAAGCAAUGUAAUAAAUUCUAUUCGUGUAAUUGGGACAAAUGGACACAAAAAUAUGAACUUAGUGAAUUUAAAUGUCCAAUUCACCUUGCUUUUGACGAAAAUCUAAGUGCUUGUAACUGGCCGUCUAAAGGACCGGCAUGCUCACACGAUACGCUCAUUAAUUACUCGAAUUAAUCUUAAAUAAAAUCAAGGAAAUUCAAAAUGCACAUAAUUUUUCAUAUGAAACACGUUUCAGUGUUUUUGAAAACAAUAUUAACUUGUAAACAAUGUACACAUACAUAUUAUUUAAGUUAUGAUAAUUGUUCUCAACAUGUAAGUAUUCACAUACAUGUUAUAAGAAACAUAAUAACUUAUGUAUAUAAAAAAGUUAGGUAGGUAUAAUACUUAUAUAAAGGUUCAAUAUAUGAAUUGAUUUAUCUCUAAAUUUUCACGCAAAUAUAAAGUAUACCUUUUAUAGUUUUCAAUUACAAAAUAAUAUCUACUUAUUCAAACGCAGUGAAUAUUACAAUGUAUUGCCUACCUAUGUAAAUGUAAUAUAGAUUAAAUGUACCUACAUGCCUAUUAUAAUACUAAAAUUAACAUAAAUCUGUUUUUAUUAUUUAGUAGUUAAUAAAAUACAAUUAUCGGAGGAAAAAGUACCUUAAACUAUUUAGAAUAAUUUACUAGAAAUUAUGUUUAACAAUAUUGUACAUAUUUACCAGCUAAAAUUAUGUCAAUAUAACGUUAAAGCGGGUUACACUAAUGAGCAACAUCUUUGUAUUAUUAUUUUUAAUUUUACAAGUACAGAAGUAAGUCGAAAUAUUUAUAAAUACAAAAUAUAAAA